GCGGCGGCGGCGGCGGCGGAGGUGAGCGGGGCCGGGCCCGGAGCGGCGGCGGUGCCGAGUCCCCGCGGGCCGGUGCCGAGUCCCCGCGGGCCGGUGCCGAGUCCCCCCGGGCCGGUGCCGAGUCCCCCGGGGGCGUGUUUGGGUGGCGCGGCCCCGCUGCGGCCUGACCCGCCGGAGCCGUGUCCGGGUGGCCGCCGGCGCGCAGGCCUCGGGCCCCGCGGGGCUGUGGGUUCGGGCCGGGUUUGUGAACGCCGCGUUCCGGGCUCCCCUUUCCCUGGGGCCCGGAGCCAUGUGGUCCGUGGUGUGGGCGGCCGUGCGCUCCAAGGCCCCGUACGUCACCUUCCCGGUGGCCUUCGUGGUGGGGCUGGUGGGCUAUCACCUGGAGUGGUGCCUCCGCGGAGACCCCCCGCCCGCGGCCGAGGACGAGAAGAGCAUCUCGGAGCAGCGGGAGGAGCGCAAGCUGCAGGAGAUCGCGGGCAAGGACCUGACCAAGGUGGUGAGCCUGAAGGAGAAGCUGGAGUUCGCCCCUCGGGCCGUGCUGAACAGGAACCGCCCGGAAAAGAGUUAAUAAAGGUGUUGGGGCAAACGCGGCGACUGUCCCGAGGGCUGGGGCCGGCAGCACCGUGCUGGGAAGUCCCCUGUCACCUGCACGUCUUCCACCAGCCUCCCUCCUGCACUGGGCCCUGCACUGGGCAGUGUGGGGUGCCCGCUGCUGUUCUUCACCCUCCCGGGACCCUGCGAGAGCCAGGGUUUGCCCGUGCCACGGAUGCACUGAAGACACAGCCCCCAGACCUCCUCCUUUGCAGCAGUGUGUGUGGGGAGCUGUGCUUUGGAGAUGGAGCAGGUGUGAAACUCAUCAGCUCUUGACCCGUCCUGGUCCCUCAGCCACAAAACCCUCUUGGCCCCGUUCCGCCCAUGUCUCUUUAGGUUUGGUUUCUUCCAUGACGUGAAGAUAGAAGAAACUUGGACUUGAGUGACACUGUGUCUGGGUCAGGCUGAUGGCCCAUGGCGGGAGGACCUGCUGUUCUGCUUCCAGCUCUCCCAUGGCUCUUUGUGAGCCACAGCCACAGCAUUACACCCAGGGGAACCCGAGCAACGCUGAAUGUCUCAGGGGAACCCCCUCUGCGUCAUCUCCAGGCUUCACAGCGAGGAACAGGUCAGAGGGAGUGGGAAGUCCUGGCCCAGCUCUCCUCGUGCAGCUCGUGGUGAUGGCUUUGUCAUGUACAGAGUGGGGAGAUCUCGGCCCUGUGCAGGAACAGCCAGAAUAAACCUCUGUCUGUC